CAAAUGCGGCGAAUACAAAUGAAAUUACAGUUAGCGAAGUGCGCGAAUUCUAUUGUAUAUGUACUGAAUUCAAAUACAGAGCUUUACGACCAUUUCAAAAUUGCAGUCCUUUUUUACAUACUCUGACGGGUUUGUUCUUUACUUCGCUGCAUCAAUUUCACGACACAAGGGUCCGUGAAAAAUGCCUGUUGUUUCCCGAAUUUGUCUGUUUGUGCAAGUGGUUAGAAAACUUCUGUGCUCUCAAUCCACGAGUAUAUAUUCGCUACAGGAUCAUUAUUAUUUACAUCGUUAGCAGAAUUGAAACUAUUGUAUCCAAGCUGGUAACUUUAAACAAUGAAAUUGCUCAUUUAUCGAAUUCUAGGCAAGAAACCAUUCUUACGAUGGUAUGUUACCGCUCUUUCACGAGGGAUGUUCUACUUUCUAAUCUCCUUCUUUUGUUACGUGUCGAUAGCAAUCAUGUAAGCAAAUAUCAGUUGUUAUCGCAACUUGAAUAUUCAUACCUUUAUAUGAAUACACUAUCAUGUUUUGAUGUAGCAAAUGGCAUGUUACAGAGCUUUUAUGAUCUUUUGUUUUUGACAUUCACAUCUUUUUUCACCAAAUUUAGGUUUUCACAUGCUAAAUCAUUGGAUGCUUGGGAUAAGAAGAUGAGCAUCAACUACAUAAACAAAAACAGAAUAUGUCUGGAAGUGGUUUUUCAGCAUCCCAAGAGUUUCAAAUCUGUGCUGAAGAAAAGCAUUGAAAUGAUUUUAAAUCUAAAAAUACCUAAGGUGGCAGAAUACCAGGAGCU